UUCUCCUUACUGCAAAACACGAAAUCCGAAAUCAUAAAAAUGCCAAGAUCGAGAAAAAACCCUACGCAUCUCAAACCUUGGCUGAUCGACGCUAUACUUAUGAAUACAGAACCAAUAAAGGCAAACUCUGUCAAAGUUCUAAAGCAUUUAGUAACAAGAGAAGAUGGGUCAGUGAUUAGGGAAGUGACUGAUGGCAGUGUGUUCAUCAAAGCUGACUUCUCACAUGAAGCCAUUGAAGAAAUGUUCAGUGAAGAAGGGUCAACACAGCCAGAAUGGUACAGUGCUUUGCUCAUCCUUAGAAAGUAUACAAUUCAUUUUGAUGUCACAAAUUGUUUGGAAAGAAGUGAGUUUGUAUUGAAGAUUUCCUCAGCCUCUAUUUGGGAUUUACAGCAAGGAUUUUAUCUCAAGUACAGAGUACUUGACUGCAUGGAUAAUAAUAGUGUAAGAGAAUUGGCAAGGGAGGCAUAUGAGAACUGCCACAAAUCUCAACAUAGAGAUGAUUCCAUGGACUGUAGCAUACCACUCACACAACUUCUAGAUAACAUGACAAAUGUAGAUUCACAGGAUGAGGAACCAAUUACAGCAGAUGAAUUGACAUGUGAUAUGAUCAGUGAAGAAAUAUUUAUAAGUAUAGAACAGCAAGCCAUGUUAGAUAACAUAGAAGAAUGGAAGACUGAUUAUAUACCAUCUUUUGAAGAUAACUCCCAAAUAUAUCCUCAGAAGUCACAAGAUAAUUCAUCAAAAGAUAAAGAAGUAUUGCAACAAGAUGGAAAAAUGAAAAACCCAAUUACAGAGAAAACUUGUAAAAAGAAAAGUUGUAUUGAGGAUAAAGCAAUAUAUGAACAGAUAAUAAGUAACAGUGGUGAUAUUGUUAGUUCUGGAGAAUCUAUCAGGCUGAGCUGUUCUGAUCACUCCAGUGAAGAUAUACAUAACCAUGGUGAUGAACUUUCAACUGAACACCAUAGCAACAACAGCAAAGUUAGCAGUUCAUCAGGCAGCCACGAGCAUGAGGACAUAAAAGCUAAAUAUUUAGACAAUGUUUCUUCUAAAAAGGAGAAAAAGAAAGAAAACAGUAGCUCAACUAAUUACCAAAAGCAUUUUGAAAACUUUAUUUUAAGUGAUCAUGACCAUAUAGUUACUAGUACUGUAUUAAUUGCAGAAACUCAACCUUUUACUCCAACAGUGUCCCCACUUGGAACACAGUCUUUUUCACCAAAGGAAUAUGAUCCUUUAAUAUCAAUAUCUCCUUUACUAAACAAAUCCGAUCCAUUGAUUUCUUUUUCUCCUGAAACUAACGAACCAUGUGAUCAAAUAUCACAUGACAGAGAAGAGAUAACUCUAAGUACCAGUGUCCAUGAAGUGACACAUGGCACACCAAAGAAGGACCAGAAUAAACCAGCUAUAUUAAAUGCAAGUGAAUACACAGAUAACAGACUUGAGGAAGAAAGGAUAAAAUCUACAAAAAUUAUAAAAAGAAAAGAUAAACCUAUAGAAACAGUUGUGAAUGUCCAAAUUAAAAAAAAAGGAAAGGACAAUUUUGAAAAAGAAAGACUAACAUCAAUAUGUAAACAAACUCAAAUUGGACAGUUGGAAAAUGAUGAAGAAAACAGAUUAAAUAAACUAAGUUCUCCUAGUGAUAAAGAAUCUGCUGAACAUUUAAUUCAGGAGUUAAGUAAAAAUUCCAGUUUUGAAGAAAAUAGCAGUCAAGUAGAGCUGUCCAAAUUUGAGGAUUCUCAUCAGGUGGUAGCACUAUCACAAAAAUCAGAGGAUUCUCAAUGUUUGAAACAAUCACAAGAUUCUAUUUCAGAUAAAACUCUAAUGGAGAUAUCAUCUGGGCAAAUGAAAACAGUUGUCGUAAUAUCAAAUUCUGGAAAUUUUGAUGAUAAUUUGGAUGGACUUGGUGCUAGUAUGGAACAGAGUGUGAUGGUAACAGAUGAGACGGAAAAUAAAAAAUCACAAAAAUAUGUGUUUAAAAGAGUGUUACCUGACAGUUUUAUGGGAAAAGAGAGAGGAAAGCAAACAUCUUAUUCUAAUCAGCAUAGAAAUAAUCAGUCAAAUGAAAACAAUCAAAAUUCUGAUAAACAUUUAUGUCUCAGUAAGAAAGAAAACAUGACUUCAAGUGAUAAAUCAUUUACAGGUGUACAUAAAGGAAAUGUUUUGACAUCAGGUAUUAAAUCAUCAAAAAGAAACAGAUGUGAAUUAACAGCUGAAGUUGAACCAUCAGGUAAAAGUAGAAAAGUUGAUACUCAUGCAGGGGAGACAACUGAAAACAAUUCAAUUAUAGAUACAGAUGCAAGUCAUUUAUCACAGGAGUCUGAAACUUCCCCUAGACUUUUACAGUCAACAAGGUCAACGAGAAAACUUCCAUCUGAGAUUUCAUUUGAAAAAAUUGGAGGAAAAAAAAUCAGACUGAAAAGAAAUCCAACCGGAAAGUCUUCAUCACCAAAAGAAAACUCUAACAAAGGAGAGAAAAAGGAUGAAGAAGAACAAUCACAGAGUAUUUUAAUGAUAGAUAAAUCAAGGUCACCUUCAAAACAGUUUGGAGGAGAGACAGUCCAUGAUGUAAUUGUAAUCUCCAGUGGUGAAUCAGGUAAACCUCAGAUAAAUAAACAAAAUGUGGAAAAACGGCCCGUUGAACAUGUUGAAGAACAUUCUGGUAGCAGUAAAAAUACAGAAGAUUGUCAGAACAGACAACGAAAUCCAUUCACAGAAUCAGACGAAAUAUCAGCAUCAAAAAUGUCAAAAAGCUCAUCUUCCUCACAAAGUUCAAAGGGUAAACAGUUGAGAGCUAAGAAUGCUGGAAAUCUAGAAAAAAGAGAAAUAAAAGAAAUAAGUCAAACAAGUGUGAUCUCUAGCUGUCCUAUAGAUCUGGUUCCUUGCUCACCUGAAGUGGUGUCCACUUGCUCCCAAAUACAGAAUAAGCCAAUGGAGGCAUGUGAUGAAUCAGAAGAUUUAUCUGAGAUGGACAGAUUUUUAGCAGAAAUACAACCAGAGACAGAAAUAGGAAGAAAGUUAUUACAGAUGACAGUCCCUAGUGAUCUGGCAGUUGCAGCAUUUAAUUAUUACAGAAACAAAGAUUUUGUCACGUGAUAAUGUUUUGAUUUAUGAAGAAAUUAUAUAAAGCAUUGAGCGAACAAAUACAUACAAUGAAGAGAUUGCCUAAAGAUCUGACCUUUGACUGCAUUUACUAAAUAGAAAAGAAAAAACCAAAUGAUCAUGUUUUUGAUUAUGAAUUAGUAAGAAAUUGGAUGGGAGAUUCGAGCUUAACACUUAAAUAUUGUGAAGACAUUGCUUAUAAAUUUGCUAAGAGUAUAAAUUGUACUACCCCCAUUUCAUAAUUUUUGAUGAAAUGAAAAACUGACUGUCAGAUUCCUUAUAGCUUUCAAUCUUUUAAAGGUUAUGUGUGUUAAAUCUAUAUAGAAAUAAUGAGUACUAGUAUUUGACCUUUACAAACAUUAUAGUCAUCAAAAAUGUCAAACAUGGUUAUUGGAGGUUAGGUAAGCAAACAUUUUCUGGACAAGAAUUGUGUAAUGGAGGUUUCCCAUUUUUGCAAAUGGAAAUAUUGUCCUAUUUAAUUGAAGAUAUUGCAGUGAAGACUGGUCAUUGUUAUUUACAAUUGACAAUACUAUACCUCUCUGAAUUGUCAACAGAAAAGGGGAAUUGGUAUUCAAAUGUAGUUGUCAAGAGAUAAUUUUAUGUAAGUGUUAAGAAUUUUUACAAGUAAAUUUUUAUUGAUUGUUGACAUACACUUUAGAUAAAGUGUCUGGUGAUGUUAAAAACAAAUUUAAAUUGCAAUUGUUAUUUGUUUAUGAAAUAAAACAUAGAUAAUGCAUUUGAUAAUUCAUAUCCUUUUAAAAUAAAAGUGCUGUAUUUCAACUUUAAAA